AUGAAGCCUCAAAAUUCACUCCUUCUUCUCCUAACAACAGUCUUCGCUGAACCCGAGCCCGAGAAACGAGAUGUCACAACAACAACAACAACAGCGAGUGGUUUCAACUUUGCCGCUUUCUCCAAUGCUCUAGUCAGUAUUGCAAAUGGAACAACAGCGAACUUCGCCAAUAUCUCCCCCGCGCCGAAACUACUUGUCCCCGAAGUCAUGUCCGUCGUUCCACUAACGGUUUUCAUGGAUCUCUUCGAUGCCUCAUCUCGCAGUUCUAUGGCUAGUCAAUUCAGCAACGGUAGUACUCCAGCUUGGUACUCCAGUCUUCCUGCCGAUGUGAAGCAAUACGUAGCUGUUGUGCGAGCUCAGAUCUCUGAUGGCGCCUUGACGGCUACUCAGGCCGCCAGUACUGCGGGUGCAACAGCCACGGCUACCGGUACGGCUUCGGCUGGGUCAAUCUCUUCGUCUAGCGCGAUGGCCGCGCAGCCUACAGUUGUUACGGCGUCGAUGAUUAGUGCGUUGGGGAUUUUGGGAUUGGCUUUAGUGUUAUGA